CCCCCCUGGCCCAAGGCAGUUCGGGCUUUUGGGGCUUCUGCGCGAUCCCCCACGUGGCCUGCUCUCGCUGGCCUGCCGGCGCGAUGCUGGGCUCCAACCACACCCGACGAUCCGGCCCUGCUGGCGAUGAUGAGAGCGGGCGAGCAGGCGCAGCGCAGCCGGAUGCAGCGGCAGGCCGCGCAGCCCCUCGCGGUGCCCCGCCCGCGCCCGCCCGCCGAGCACGGCCCGGCCUGGCGCCCGAGCGGGCUGGCGUCCAGCCCGUCGAAGCCGAGGGACCCGGCGCCGGUCGGCGGGGAGGUGCGCGAGGAGACCGUACCGCUCACGGCCGACGAGGCCGAGUGGCUCAGCGCAGUCGCAGCGCGCCAAGGCCAUCCCGGCAUGUCGAGCGUGCUCCAGAAGCUGCUCCACUGGGCGAACUCCGAGCCUCCCGCCGCCAAGAGGAAGAUCUUCCUGGUGAUCCGCUGCCGACGGUGCUCCGCGGGCGCCAGGGGCGGCGCCAAGUCGGACCACUUGCUCGCCCUGCCCGCCGAGCAGUGGCAGUGGCUGCAGAACGUGAAGGAGCGCUGCGGCCACGCCUCGGUGGCGAAGACGGUCCGGAUCAUCGUCGACUUCUACAUGCCGAUGUGCCAGGCCGACCCCGCCCUGGAAGAGAAGGCCCUGAGGGCCGGGCGGGGCCGCAAGACCGGCCGGCACUCUGACGCGGUCGGCAACGUGGACCCGCUGCGUGCCCCGAGGGGCAGGCGAGCGAGUCUGCAGCCAGGGCAGGCUGAGGUUGCGCUGGGCGGCUGCGCCGUGGGCGCGGGCGUGGCGGAGGCCAAGGGCAAGCUCUCGGACGAGCGCGCCGCCCGGCACUGGGCGGUGGCCUCCAGCGAGGGCGGCGAGGCGGACCUCGGGGGUGCCUCCACGGUCGACGCCUUCCACGAGACCGACUCGGACGCCACGCAGGGCGGCCUCACCGAGGACUCCGCGGCCGACGCCUGGGAGGAGCCUUCCAGGUGA